AUGGCACCAAAAGCUGCUGAAAAGAAGCCAUCCACCGGAGGCAAAGCCCCGGCUGGCAAGGCGCCAGCUGAGAAAAAGGAAGCUGGCAAGAAGACAGCCGCCCCAUCCGGCGAGAAGAAGAAGCGGAAUAAGACCAGAAAGGAAACGUACUCUUCCUACAUUUAUAAAGUACUCAAGCAAGUCCAUCCCGAUACUGGUAUCUCCAACCGUGCCAUGUCAAUCUUGAACUCGUUCGUGAAUGAUAUUUUCGAGCGCGUCGCCACCGAGGCUUCCAAACUCGCCGCAUACAACAAAAAAUCCACCAUUUCCUCUCGAGAGAUUCAGACAUCUGUCCGACUCAUCCUCCCUGGUGAACUUGCCAAGCACGCCGUGUCAGAAGGCACUAAGGCUGUUACAAAAUACUCUUCCUCAACGAAGUAA